GGAGACGCCCUUAAAAAAUUGGAGCUGCGGGUGUUCUUUGGAGCAAGUGGAUAAAAGGAGGGAGGCCAAGUUGGCGAGGGAAUGACGCAGUCGAGGAGGGGCCAAAGGAGAGGAGGAAGGGACGGUGGAGGCGAGCUUUCCGGGGCGGACGCGCCGAGGACGAGGGAGGUGGCGCGUGGGAGCCAUGCUUCUCCCCACUUCGUCUUCCUCCUACACGCCCAAAGGUUUCCCCACCCCCCCCUCUCUAGUAUAUUGUGGUCUUCUUGUUUCAGCCGCCUCCGCUAUGCCUGGGUCGUUGAGCUGCGCUGGUGACUCCUACGGGAAGACGGUUGACGAUCAUAUGAGUUCAACUUUCACUUUUGGUAAUAAGCACUCUGCAUUUUCAAGUCAAAACAGUGACUAUGGCCAGCCAAUGGCUUGUAUUUCAUACCCAUUCAGUGAUUCUGGUUCAGGAGCUUGGGCGGCCUAUGGGUCACGCGCUCUGUUCCAACCCCAAACUACUGGAGGAGGGUCCGCAACAGCAAGAGUUCCCUUGCCUCUCGAAAUAGCGGCAGAUGAGCUCGUAUUUGUCAAUCCCAAACAAUAUCAUGGAAUUCUCCGCAGAAGACAGCUGCGUGCUAAGUUAGAGGCCCAGAAUAAGCUCAGCAAAAACAGAAAGCCCUAUCUUCACGAGUCUCGUCAUCUUCAUGCAAUGAAAAGGGCAAGAGGUUCUGGCGGGCGUUUCCUCACUGCUAAACAACUCCAGGAGCAGUCUCGCGCUGCCUCCAUGAAGGCCACCGCCGAUGGCGUGAAUUCAGCAGGCUCAACCCACCUACGGCUAGGUAACGGGGCAGAUGGAGAUGGAACUGUGUCGGCGUCCAAAACAAUAGCCUCGCAUGAUAACAGCAAGAGAGUCGCCGCCCCUGCUCCUGCCUUCACCAUGACUAACGCGGCGCACAAAGACGACGAUUUCUUCCAGCACCAUGGUUACCACCUCAGCUUCUCCAGCCGUUUCGGUCAGGCAAGCGGGCGGUACUCAUAAUAACCACCCGGUGUGGUCGGCAAAUCAUCCUUGGCUUUAUUUCUGGCGUGUUAGGACUUCAGAGGUAGUAUCUCAUAUUGUUGUGCUUUCAGCGCACAAGUCGGGUCUUCAUGGUUAUGUGAUCAAUAUGCGACUGCAAGAGUUAAUUAGUGUAACUGUGUGUGUUCGAACAAACAAUUCAGUGUUCACUUGACAAUGUCUCGUGGAACUCGUCUUAUGUUCA